UUAAACUGUUAUUUGUAAUCAUUUUGAGAGUUCCCUACAAUGUGUUCUUAUUGAUUAACUUUCUGCUGUUUGCAAUCAAUGUUAUUAUGUUUCUCAAAUAUUAAUUUGCAGUGUGGUACCUAGUGAUGUGGCCUUUAUCGCCGCUAGUUUUUCGUAGUCUUUCAGAAUCUGGAUCAUUUGUCCUUAAAUUAUUUCCACCCUCACCAUACUCCAUCAGCUGUAAAUCAUUUCAGAGGUGUUUUAAGUCUAAAAACUCGACAAAUUACACUUGCUACCUUACCAGGUCGUCCGCAGACGAGGAAAAACUUUUUGACAUCGCCUUAAACGGUCCAUCAUUGACACAACCAAGAUCUAGUGAUACAAAUAAACCAGAAAGUAUUUCCAAAACUUUACUGACUGAAUCUAAUUUAAGAAGAAAAAUAAGCAACAAUAAUGGCUUUAACAAUGGACUUCACACAAAAGUUAAUGAUGGAGCAUACAAAGAUAGAUUUGAUAGUCUGCGAGAUGAUAAAUCGAAAGAUAGAACUUUACAAAUCGAUGAAAAAUUUCGCCUGCAUUUGGAAGGCAAAACACCUAGUCAAAUGGUUGAUAUUCUUAGAACCUACCGACACUUGAUUGAUCUGGGCCGCUUGAAGACUUUCAUUAAACAAAUUAGCUGUGCGGGUUACAUCUAUGAAUAUCAUUUAUCUCCUGAAGAAUUUGAAUUAAUUCAUAAUAUGUUGUUGGCUUUUCCAGAGAUGACAUCAGACAUAUCCAAUCUAACCGAUGUUUCCUGUUUUGUGUCCCAGCUUCGUGUUGACUCAAAAAUACCUAUGCUUCAGUACAUUGCUAAGCAAAUGAUCAGGAAGAUAGAUGAGCUAUCAUUUGAUGAAGUCUUUAAUCUCUACAAAAGUUUACAAGCAAUUAGAGUUCCAUUACUUGAAGAAGGAUCGGACAUAACUGGCCAAUUUGAUGUACUUAAUGAUGAUGUGCUUCGAGCUAGACAUCUUUUAAUAUCCAAUGUUGCCUUUCGAGUAGAAACUUCUCACUUUGAUGAAACAGAUAUCGUUACUUUGUGUGAAGUAUUUCGCCGGAUCAACAAAGAAUUAUUUGCGAAGGAAGCAAUUGAUAUUCUUUCAAAAUCAAUCGUUAGUAUGAGCAGUUAUAUGCGGAGUAAAAACUCUACCGAUAUUAUUGCUGGUUUAACUUCAACCAAUGGUGCGAAAAUAUUGAGCGCAGUUGUAGCCUCCAAAGACAAAGCGGCAAUCAAAAGAUAUCGCGAUUUAAUUGAUUUAUCAGUGGUUAUUACUGGUCGAUUAACGAAUUCAAAUAUGAGAGCAAAUCCUUCGAGUACUCAAUAUAUUUCUGAUUGUUUCUUUCGGAUGCUACUCAAAGAAGCAAACAAAUUUAAUCAAGCAUCUUUUUGGUUUAAUUUUCUAAGUGAAAUUGAUUUCAAUCGUCAUAAGCUGGAUCUACAUAGCUGGCAAAAUUUAUUGACUCUUAUAAAUCGUUUCCGCAUUUAUUGUCCAUCUAUUAUCGAUACUAUUGCUCCAAUCGUAAUAAGAAAUGCCAAUGCCUAUAUUCAAGAUCGUCAAAUUUCACCUAUUCCAUACAUUCGUUUGAUGGCUGAGUGUUAUCAUAAACCAUUAACUGCAAAUUGGGAUAAAUUUUUGUCCAUUCUUCUACACCCUAAGAAAUUGACUGAAGUUCCUGUUGACAGGUCUUUAUCAUUACUUUCUCGUCUUGCAAUUUUAGAAGAUUACUCUAAAAUUCGAGACUUUGAUGCAGAUCUCAUUAAAUCUUCAUUGACAGCCCACAAAAAUUCAGCUCAAGUAAACGUCUACUAACCCUCUACUCUGGACUAGCUCAUGAAGCUGACAAUGGCAAUCAAAAAUGGUCGAUUAAACGAGAAUUUUAUCCUCUCGUAUCAAAAGCUAUUGUACAAUUGAAUAGAGAAUUGCGAUUCGGACCAAUAUCACCAUUACAGUCUACUCUAGAAACCCUCUUUGGUGGACCAGAGUUUGUUGUCCAUGGAGUCUGGACUAAAACUGGUCUUUUGAUGCACCAUCUUCUUGUAUUUAGACGUGGUGAAUAUCCAGUUGCUAUAAGAAAUUUAGAAUCUAAUUUUCAUUAUGAAUCAAAAAUAAAUUUUCUAUACGAGAUUCCAGUGCCUUCUGAAGCCAAAAUAGUUACCGUUGUACCAGCCUAUAAAUACUUUUAUUCUAAUCAUUCAAGAAAUUUGAGAGGAAAAAUUCAAUUUAAGUUACGUCUUAUUAGGAAACUUGGCAUUACACCUGUUCUGGUCGAUAUUUCUGAAUUUGAAGAUUUAUCUGCUCAUGAAAGACCACAUUGGUUGAUCACAAAGAUUAGAAAGAAAAUCAUGGAGGAUAAUAACGAUGCUUGGGAGUUUUGGAGAUGAUCAGUUCAACUUUACUGAUUGGAAAUCAGUCAAUGAUGCUUGCAUCUCCAAUCAUGUCAUGUUUGUUUCCCAAACAAAUCAUAUAAAAACAUUUUGUGUUCACUCAAUGGAAGCGAUAAAAACUUUCACGUAUUUUAUUUACCGAUUUGACCAGAGCUUAACGAGUCAUUUGUUAUACUUAUCCCUAUUGAUUGAGCAUUAAAAUGAAGGCAUUCGGCUGAUCUCGAUGAUUAUACUCCCGAUGAUGCCAAAGUUGCUUUACCAUUUCUAAUACUUGACUUCAUACUUGUUACAUCACUUGCUGUUCAACUACCACCAACAGGCAAUCCAUGAAAGUGGACAUUACAGCUUGAAGUAAUUGAAGCAAAUCAUGAAUGGAUUGAACUACGAUUAUGCCAAAGAUACCUAGUUAGUGACUUUUCUUACAAUGUAAUACUAUAAUAUAAUGAUGUUUAGAUGCCACUUUGACAGAUUAAAUAGAUUUUUCAUCAUAAA